ACGCUUCCGGAGAAGGGGCACUGUGGCGGGGCUUGUUGGGAUCAUGGCGGAGAAUCACUGCGAGCUGCUGCCACCGGCUCCGAGCGGCCUCGGGGCGGGGCUGGGGGGUGGCCUGUGCCGCCGCUGCAGCGCUGGGCUCGGUGCCCUGGCACACCGCCCCAGUGGCGUAUCCAAGUGGGUCCGACUCAAUGUUGGUGGCACCUACUUCCUCACCACCCGGCAGACGCUGUGCCGAGACCCGAAGUCUUUCCUGUACCGCUUGUGCCAGGCGGACCCCGACCUAGACUCUGACAAGGAUGAAACGGGUGCCUAUUUAAUUGACAGAGAUCCCACCUACUUCGGACCUGUACUGAACUACUUGAGACAUGGAAAGCUGGUUAUUAACAAAGACCUUGCGGAGGAAGGCGUGUUGGAGGAAGCAGAGUUUUACAAUAUCACCUCACUAAUAAAACUUGUAAAGGACAAAAUCAGAGAACGAGACAGCAAAACAUCACAGAUGCCAGUGAAGCAUGUGUACCGUGUGCUGCAGUGCCAGGAGGAGGAGCUCACACAGAUGGUGUCCACCAUGUCAGACGGCUGGAAGUUUGAGCAGCUGGUCAGCAUUGGCUCCUCCUACAACUAUGGAAAUGAAGACCAGGCCGAGUUCCUCUGUGUGGUCUCCAAGGAGCUGCACAACACCCCAUAUGGCACAACCAGUGAGCCAAGUGAGAAAGCCAAGAUUUUGCAAGAACGGGGCUCAAGGAUGUGAGGAGUACUGACAGCUGAAGAAAUGAUUAUCUUUCCCCAAGACAAAGUGAACCGCCAUGUGUAGACAGCAUGGCUGUGAGAAGAAACCUGCUUUUGAUCAUUUCUCUAGAGAUCUGGGUGUGGAUCCUUUUUUGCCUCAGAUGUGGGUGGCGAGAGACAGCCCAGCUGUCAAGCCAAUCGUCCCCACAGGGAGGCAGCUGGGGCUGGGUUGGCGGUCUCUGCGGCCUCACUCUGUUCUUUCCGAGUGCUCCGUGGGACUGAGGAGGACGCUACUGACCAGCCCACGCAUUCCUGAAGAUGAUUUGAAGGACAAGGUCCUUGGUGCUACACACAGUCUGCAACAGGCAGCCUGGGCCUUGCCAGGAGGGAGGGGCAGCCGCCACACCAGUCCAGUGCACUGUGGCUUAGGGCGUGGGCGCCUGCUCAGCGCUGCUUGAGCACCAGGCCCUCAUCCUUGGGUCAGGGAGGCGGCUAUGCCUCCGGGCACGAUUGGUUGAUUUCUCUUGACCUCGGCCGAGGCUCCUGACAAAGGCAGCCUCCACAUCACUACUUCUGGACACCUCCCGUGGACUACACCCCUUCAGAGCCAGGCUCUCGUAGUGGCCUGUCAGCUUGACCCAGGAUCAUCAAGGCUUCUCAAUUUGUAUUUUCCAGGCAAGAGGACUUUGUAUCCCUUUUUUAAAGUGUGGAUAGACCACCCGGUGUUUAUACUCUUUAGAAAUGCCUAAAAGUGUUGCUACAUUUUGGA